UCUUUCUCAGUUGUUUUUGACCUAGGCUGUGAUGUCCGAGAUGGCGCCUGCGGACCCGGCUGAGCCUGGCCUAGGUUAUGUGGAGAAGCCAUCAAUCAAGAAGCGAGGGAAGAAGCAGGUGGGUAUGACGGGUGUGAGUCGCAAGACUCCAAGUCCAUCAGUGUCCAAGGUGAUCACCGAGGCUUUGUCGGUCUCGCAGGAGAGAGCAGGUAUGUCGUUGGCCGCCCUGAAGAAGGCGCUGGCGGCCGCGGGCUACGACGUGGACAAGAACAACAGCCGCAUCAAGCUGGUGCUCAAGAGCCUGGUGAGCAAGGGCACCUUGGUGCAGACCAAGGGCACCGGCGCUUCCGGCUCCUUCAAGCUUAGCAAGAAGGCCGCCCCUGAUCUUGUCAAGGUCAAGAAAUCCUCUUCCUCCAAGACCAAGAAGCUGGUUUUGUCCCGGGAGUCCAAGUCCCCGAAGAGCACUAAUACCAACAAGAAAGCCCAGAAGUCGAGGGCCACAGCAGCCCCGAAGGCUGCCCGAGGUGUCAAGAAGGCUACAGCAGCCAAGGCCAAGCCCCAGCGGAAGAGCCCCGCCAAGGCCAGGGCCGAUAGGCCCGCAGCCGGGAGGGCCAAGUUGGUACAGCAGAAGACCAAUCCCAGGAAGGCGGCACCUAAGAAGUAA